CCUUUCUACACGCCCACUACUUUCCUUUCGACACACCCACCCCUUUCUACACGCCCACUACUUUCCUUUCGACGCACCCACCCAUUUUGACACGCCCACUACUUUCCUUUCGACGCACCCACCCCUUUUGACACGCCCACUACUUUCCUUUCGACACACCCACUACUUUCCUUUCAACACACCCACCCCUUUCGACACGCCCACUACUUUCCUUUAAACUGAUGGGCGAUUCACGACAUACAGUACCAGUCAAGAGUUUGGACACACCUACUACACCUUCCAGGGUUUUCCUUUAUUUUUACUAUUUUCUACAUUGUAGAAUAAUAGUGAAGACAUCAAAACUAUGGAAUCAUGUAGGAAACAAACAAAAAAAUAUUUAUUUAUUUGAGAUUCUUCAAAGUAGCCACUUAACAUUCUCUCAACCAGCUUCAUGAGGAAUGCUUUUCCAACAGUCUUAAAGAAGGUCCCACAUAUGCUGAGCACUUGUUGGAUGCUUUUCCUUCACUCUGCGGUCCAACUCAUCCCAAACCAUCUCAAUUGGGUUGAGGUCAGGUGAUUGUUUGUAAACAGGGUCGGGGAUGACGCUUUGUUAUUGUUUGAACUGCUGAUCGGUGCGUUAAGUAAAAAAUGUAAGAUUGACAAUCUAAUGUUGAAAAAUGGUUUGAUUUGACAGACUCCGCAAUAAUAUAAUGCAGCUACACAUCUAGAUAGAUGGUAAAAACUGUUUGUGUUUUUCACACCAUGUUCUCCUAUUUCCACAGGUGACCUCACAAGGAGAUUCCACAGGUGACCUCACAAGGAGAUUCCACAGGUGACCUCACAAGGAGAUUCCACAGGUGACCUCACAAGGAGAUUCCACAGGUGACCUCACAAGGAGAUUCCACAGGUGACCUCACAAGGAGAUUCCACAGGUGACCUCACAAGGAGAUUCCACAGGUGACCUCACAAGGAGAUUCCACAGGUGACCUCACAAGGAGAUUCCACAGGUGACCUCACAAGGAGAUUCCACAGGUGACCUCACAAGGAGAUUCCACAGGUGACCUCACAAGGAGAUUCCACAGGUGACCUCACAAGGAGAUUCCACAGGUGACCUCACAAGGAGAUUCCACAGGUGACCUCACAAGGAGAUUCCACAGGUGACCUCUCAAGGAGAUUCCACAGGUGACCUCUCAAGGAGAUUCCACAGGUGACCUCUCAAGGAGAUUCCACAGGUGACCUCUCAAGGAGAUUCCACAGGUGACCUCACAAGGAGAUUCCACAGGUGACCUCUCAAGGAGAUUCCACUGCUCUGGUGACAGGAAGAAGAUCUGGUGUUAUGACAACUCCAGAUAUGAGUUCUCUAUUUUUUUCUUAACACUUAUUUUUCUUAAAACUGCAUUGUUGUUGAAGGGCUUGUAAGUAAGCAUUUCACUGUAAGGUUUACACAUUGUAUUUGGCGCAUGUGAAAAAUAACAUUUGAUUUGACACAGGAGAGAGACACAGCUCCAUUCAAUAACCAGUUCUUAUUGCUACUUUUACCAAGAAACAUUCAAACUCUGCUGGGACAAAAAUGAAUCGAGAGGAGGGAGCGUUGAUGGAUGAAAUUGAAAAGAGUUUAUGGAAUUUGACUGAGGACAAUUUACGUUACCUUUGUGAACGUUAUGGCCAAGAUGCAUCCGAAGUUAAAGGCAUGGAUCACCGCUCGCUGAGGCGUAAAAUCAUGGAGGAAAUGUGGGACAAUACGGAUUCAAUUAAAUUGAAGGAGCAGGGAAUGUCUUGGUUAGUCCAACUGAAGGAGGACAUCCGAAAGAUACUGGAGGAUGGUAGUGGUGCACCGUCGAGUCCCCUCCAGGCUGAGGAUGCUGUAGACUGUGAUGAAGAGUGGAGCGGAGAGGGAAGGGCUGGGUUACCUAGCAACGGGUUGGAGGCGGAGUCCGUGAGUCCCAGACAAUCCAACGACGCUACAGACUGCGACGUGGAGGACGCGGAUUGGUUACCUAGCAACAGACUGGAGGCGGAGUUAUCUCCAGAAAGGCACACACUAGAGCAAAGAGUGAGAGGCGACACGUCUCUCCCGAAGACCCUGUGUCGUGCCUCUCCCGGUAGCGUCUUCAUUUUGGGUCUGAAGAGGGUGUCUGUGCAGCUGAUGGACUGCAGGAAAACACCGGGGCAGAAAACCCGCAAGAAAACCCACUCCUGUGCUCAGUGUGGGAAGAGUUUUGCCACAAAAGACAUUCUGGAGCGACAUCUGCUAACUCACACUGGAGAGAAACAGAAAAAUAUAUGUGCUGAAUGUGGGGGAGUAUUCAGUACAUUUUCCAGCCUUACCAGGCAUCUGAAAACUCAUACUGGAGAGAAAUGUCAUGUUUCUGAAACCGCUCGUGGGAAGAAUUUCAAUGAUCCAGGAAACUUGAAGAAACACAUCUUUAGAACUCACUCAGGAGAACAUUUUGAAGAGGAACCUUCCAAAAACAAUGUUGGUUCCUCAGAACAUGAUGUGGCCGUAAAGAAACAAGUCCUUCAUCCAUGUGCUCACUGUGGUAAGAAGUUGUCAACCAAAACAAGACUAAAGAUUCACCUGAAGACCCACACUGGAGACAAACCUCACGUCUGCCCCGACUGCGGGAAGAGUUUUGCUUUCCGUCCCUCCUUGACCAAACAUCAGAAACUUUGUCAUUCAGAGCACGGAGGAGUGAAACGGCACAAAUGUUCAGUCUGUGGGAAAGUCUUUAAUCAACCAGGAGCCUUGAGGUCCCAUCAAAGAACCCACACUGGAGAGAAACCCCACCUCUGCUCCGACUGUGGGAAGAGUUUCUGUUUUCGUUCGUCUCUGAGAAGACAUCAGGUACUCCACGCAGGAGACAGUGCGAAGCCCCACGUGUGCUCUGUCUGUGGGAAAGGCUUCAGAGAUUCUGGAUACUUAAAAAAACAUCAAUCUAUCCAUUCAGGAGAGAAACCUCACCUCUGCUCCGAGUGUGGAAAAACUUUCACGUCCUUCCUUAGCUUAACAAAUCAUUCCAAAUCACAUCGUCUAGAUAGAGACCAAUUCCAAUGCCCUGAAUGUAAGCGCCAUUUCCCAACAAAGGAAAGGCUGUCAAGCCACCAGAGGACGCAUACUGGUGAAAAGCCUUUCUGCUGCUCCCAAUGCCACAAGCGCUUCUCUCAUUCAAAUAGUUAUCAAAGGCACCUUCGUAUGCACUCCGGUGAGAAACCCUUUGUGUGUCCUCUCUGUGGGAAGCGAUUUAACGACUCUUCGAACCUUAGAACACAUGUUAGAAGACAUAAAGGAGAGAAGGUAGGAAAGACACAGGUCUCUGAGCCAUGCCCUCACUGUGGGAAGAGGCUGGCUUCUAAGGCAGGGUUAGAGACUCACCUGCGGAUCCACACUGGAGAGAAACCUCACCUCUGCGCCAACUGCGGCAAGCGCUUUACCUUCCUCUCCGCCUUGAGAAGACAUCAGAAAACGCAGCACAGAGAGCAAGUAGCAAAGCCACACGUCUGUUCUGUCUGUGGGAAAGGCUUCGUGGAGUCAGGAGCGCUGAAGAAACAUGUGGUGACCCACGAGGAGAAACAGCACCUUUGCUCCGAUUGCGGGAAGAGUUUCAGGGUGCUUCAGGCCUUGUCGAUUCAUCAGAAAACCAAGCAUCAGAAAACAAAUGAGCAAGUAAGAGAGAACAAUUCGUACCUCUGCCUUACUUGCGGCCAGGAAUUCAAUUCAAAGCAUAGAUUGGUAAUCCACGAGAGAAAGCACACAGGAGAGAAACCUUACCAAUGCUCCCAGUGUGGCAGGUGCUUCGCUGAUAAGACUAACAUGAGACGUCACCAGACGGUGCACACAGGAGAGAAACCAUUCCAAUGCUCCGUCUGCGACAUGAAGUUCUCUCAAGUUGCCUCUUUAAUACGGCACCGGCUAAUACACUCGGGUCAGAAACCGCACCACUGCACUUACUGCGACAAGAGUUUCUCUCAGUCGAACACGCUGAAAACGCACAUACUAACCCACACCGGAGAGAAACCGUACCAGUGCCCCGACUGUGGGAAGGGUUUCACUGAAAAGAAAGCCAUUAAGAAACACCAACGCGACACACACGGGACAGGGGCACACAGCAACACACUGCUGUCUCAUAGAGAUUGAGUCAAGACCGGAGCCCUCGAGCAAAGCCGUACCAAUGUCCUGACUGUAGAAAAUGUUCCUCCGAGAAAAGAGCUCUUGUGAAAAACCAGAAGACACACAGGAGACAGCACCCCCUAUUGUUUCAUUUUGAUCUGAAGGUUUAAGAAUGUUUUAAAAUAAACAUGUGCUUUUUAAAAUAA